CUUACAAGACUAACCGAUACGGGAUGCCGUUUCUUUGAGAUAGUUAGUGUGACAUCGACAAAUCAGAAUUUUCUCGUCGGUUACGUGUUCAUGCGCAACGAGUGCACGACAAACUAUCGAUGGGUAUUGCUGAGGUUGAGAGACUUGAUUGGGUAUGAUAAGAAGCCGUCGGUUUUCUUGAUAGACCGUGAGCUUGGGUUAUGUGUUGCAUUGAGGGAAGUGUUUCCAGGGACCUCGCACUUACUUUGUCGAUGGCACAUUAACAAAGAUGUGGAGGCUCGGGUCACUGUUAUGUUCAAAAACAAGAAGAUCGGUGCGGCUUUAAAAAACGGAAAAUGGAAACGUAUCAUGGACGCUGCAACCGAGGAGGAUUAUGAUGCCGCUGUAGAUAUAAUGAAAGAUAGGUGGGCAAGUUAUCCAACAGUGAUACAAUAUGCAGAGAACCCAUGGCUUUGUCAGAAAACGAAGUUUGUGACAUUUUGGACAAACCAAGUUCUACGUUAUGGCAACACCAGCACUUGUAGAGUUGAGAGCCAACACUCGGCCGUGAAGAUGUGGUUUGAUUCUUCGACAGGUUCUUUGGAUACCGUAUGGGCCCAAGUUCAUUGCCACAUUGGUAAUCAGAUCAUCGCAAUUCGUAAUGGUUUGGAGGCUUCCCGGUCGAAGAUAGGUCAAAAGUACCGACAUUUUCCACUGUCACAUACAAACGGCAAGGUGUCUCAGCAUUGUUUGAAGGUUCUCAUGAGGAGACAAGGAGGAUGAGGGAGCUGAGUUAUCAAGUGCAUGAACGAUGUGGAUGUGCAAUGCGUGUGACCCACGGUUUGCCCUGUGCUUGCCAGAUACAUGAUUCGCUAGUUGCAGGGACAAGAUUGUAAAUCAGGAAAAUUCACCCGUUCUGGAAGACCUUGGUUAUUGGUGAUGGUGAUGAUAUACCGGUGACUGGCAAUGACUCGACCGAGGACGCCACACAUUUUCGUUCUCUGGUGGAUGAGGUAAUCAUUAGUUAUCCUGCGGUUCUUUGAAAUGUGUCUCGCAUCAUUGAAGAGGAGCUGCAUGCGGAUCAUUCUGACCUCAGAAAACCUGCUGUAAACCACCGGGUUCGUGGUCGAUGAAGGAACAAUGAUACAAGACGUGAUCGUUCUUAUUUAGAACAUGUGAACCGCCAAUACACUGAACGUGUUGCACGGCAAACAGGAGAUGUAAUUGACAUCAGCCAAAGCCAUUAUCGACACUCGCUUCCAGGAUCGAUGUUGACUUACAUCACAAGAUGGAAGGAUGUCAUUGGCGAUGGUAACUGUGGGUUUCGUUGUGUGGCCGAGUUCUUCUUCGGUGAUCAAGGGCGAUGGUAUGACGCUCGAGAAACAAUAGCGAAUGAGGUCCUCGGUUAUCGAGCCCUAUAUGAGAGGAUUUACGUGCUUGGAAGACUUGAGAUCAAUGUGGAGCGUAUUCGAUGGGACGGUGGGGCAGUUGAUUCCCGUCAUUGGAUGGCUGCAAUUCAAGAUUUAUUUCCUAUUGCGACUUGGUUCAACGCUAUGGUUAUUAUUCUUGGUGUAGGCCAAACACCAACCUGCUACUACCUAUGCCUCACGAUCUUGCCGUUGCGGGCAAGAAGGGGGGUCACGGCACCUGAGCGAGAGUUUGUCAUCACUAUAGUUGAGGGCUCACAUUUUAUUUGUAUUGAACUUACACCAGAUUCGCCACUUCCCCCGAUUGUAGGUAGGUGGAUCGAGAACCACGACCCAAGUGUUGACGGUUGGGAUCAGCGUUAUGCAGCUAGAAGGAACAUAUGGGAUGCGUUAAUUAGAUAAUGAACAUAUUUUUGUACUUUCAUUUAUG